UAAAUGAAAACCACCAUUGCAUAAAAACAUAAAUUCAUUAUAACCAUGGUCCAUUGGAGCAAUGUAAGCUUUAGCAAGUAUUUUCAGUAGUGAAGUUUUUGGAGAUCAUUUGUAGUAAUAUUUGGCAGUUAGGUGAGAGUUGCUGUUCUGGUCUGACCAGUUGCAACAAACAAAAUAAUAAAUUGCAUCCAACUGCAAAAGAAAAAGCCUAAGUGAAUCAAGAAAAAGCCAUGGGGCACUCAAACGGCUGUGAUAUGCCAGACAGAAAUGUUGCUGAUGAAGUGUCGAGAAUCGUGGGACAAACCAAAGAGUUGCAGGAUUCUGCAACUUCCUUAGUUUCUCGUACUUCGGUUGAAGAAGCAGCCCUUAGGCAACGAGCACUGGGACUUCGUUCAAACAUCAAAAUGCUUAAAUCGUUUAUAGCUUCUUCGGUCAAGAAAGGAAAUUUAGAUCACAAGAAUGCUGAAAAGUUGGUUGAAGAGUUGAUCAGAGUUGGUUAUACAUUAGGUGAAGGCGAUGCAGCUGCUUUCCUUCCUUGCAAAUCUCAUGGACGAUUCUUGAGGAUGUUUUUAGGCCCAAUAAAUGUUCGAGCAAACAGGAAGGAUGUUCAGCUGAAAGUGAAAGAAGAGUACAAUAAUUUCCGGGAUACUACUGCAUAUUUGUUUCUCUUUUUUCCAUCGUUACUACUGUUUUUACAAUCAUGGAUCUGGAAUGGAUGUUUCCCUGCAUUUCCCGUGCAGCUUUACCAGGCCUGGUUGCUAUUUCUCUAUGCAGGGUUGUCUUUUAGAGAAAACAUACUUAGGGUUAAUGGAAGCGAUAUUCGCCCAUGGUGGAUCUAUCAUCACUAUUGUGCUAUGACUAUGGCACUCAUCAGUCUCACUUGGGAGAUUGAAAAGGAGCCUAAUUGUGCCCAGAAACAGAAAGGUAUACAGUUGUUUCUGAAAUGGGCAAUUAUGCAAGGAGUUGCAAUGCUUGUACAAAAUAGAUACCAGCGGCAGAGACUCUACACACGUAUUGCACUAGGAAAGGCUAGGAGAAUGGACGUUGUGUGGGGAGAAACAUCUGGAGUAGAAGGUCAAUUGUGGUUGUUGUGCCCUAUGCUUUUCAUCUUGCAAGGUUUUGAAGGUUACGUGGGCCUGUUAUUACUACAAACUUCCAUGGUUGGUGUCAUCUCCGAAUGGCAGGUAAUUACAUGUGGAAUCCUUUUAAUUAUUAUGGCUGUUGGGAACUUUGCAAACACAGUGGAGACUCUCUUAUCAAAGUCUCGGUUCAAAGCAAAAUUGAAAAAAGGUAAGGAAAAUGGGGCCUAAUUUAUAAAACUCUGUCUUGAUGAUAAACCUGAAACUUGGUUUUACUUCGUUGUGAUUGCGCACGAUGCAUGCUAGUACUCAUAGCAGCAUAUUUAUUCAUGAUUCUGAUGACAUGUUAUUUGUUUAUGAGAUCAUCAAGUUUGUAUCUGAUGGAAUAUAUCAUAUUUCAUAUUCAUUAUAAAUAUGUAAACAGUUCUUGAUGGAUUUGGAGUUAUUAUGUUUAGUAGGGUGGUUAUAU